CAUCACACUUGCAUAGCACCUGUUCUUCCUGCUGCAUGAGAAUGAGAUGUGAGCGCGUGUCUCGUGUGAGAGGUAAACAUCUCCUCCCCUGCUGCACCGGCUGCAGAACCGCAUCUCCAGUCUGUGGAGCGGGACAAAAUGGACCCUGAUUGAACGUGAGAGCAGGCGGAAGAAAGGCAGCAGCGGCAGAGGGAGGGCGUUUGCUCUCAGUGAACAGCACAACUCAGCUGCUGCAGUCAGGGCAUCAAUUUUGUAUAGGCGUUGAGUGCAGUACCAGAGCGUUCCCCUCUCUUUACCGCUGAGCAUGGAGAGCAGCUCGCGUCUCGCUCGACCACAGAGAGAGUGAUGGGGGGCGAUACGAGCCGUCUAUAUAGGCAUGUCCGCGUCCGAUUCUAGCGCAGCCCUGCUCAGCUGCAAGAGUUCUGCUGAUUCCUGCACGAGUAGACCAUCGGAUUCCGACCUGUCCCUGGAGGAGGACAAGGAGGCGUCUCGGCGUGAGGCCGAGCGCCAGGCCGUGCUCCAGCUCGAGAGAGCCAAGACCAAACCUGUGGCGUUUGCAGUGAGAACCAAUGUCAGCUACUGCGGGGCUCUCGAUGAAGACUGUCCGGUUCAGGGUGCCGCCAUCAACUUUGAAACCAAAGAUUUUCUACACAUAAAAGAGAAGUAUAAUAAUGACUGGUGGAUCGGGAGGCUGGUGAAGGAGGGGGCAGAUAUUGCCUUCAUCCCCAGCCCUGUUAAACUGGAGGCCAUGCGGAUCAAGCAGGAACAGAAAGCAGCUCAGAGGAAAAUGGGUGGAAAUGCUUCAUCUGGUGGCUGGAGGUCUACUCCUCCUUCUGCAGCCAAACAGAAGCAGAAGCAGACAGAGCACGUUCCACCCUAUGAUGUAGUUCCAUCCAUGAGGCCUGUUGUUCUGGUCGGCCCCUCGCUGAAAGGCUAUGAGGUGACUGAUAUGAUGCAGAAAGCCUUGUUUGACUUCCUGAAACACAGGUUUGAUGGGAGGAUUUCUAUCACACGGGUGACUGCAGAUCUGUCUCUGGCCAAGAGGUCUGUACUGAACAAGAAAGCUAUCAUGGAGAGGUCAAACACACGUUCCAGUCUGGCCGAGGUGCAGAGUGAGAUUGAGAGAAUAUUUGAACUGGCUAAAAGUCUGCAGUUGGUGGUCUUGGAUGCAGAUACUAUCAACCACCCCGCACAGCUUCUCAAGACCUCCCUCGCCCCCAUCAUUGUCUACGUCAAAGUGUCCUCUCCAAAGGUUCUUCAAAGACUCAUUAAGUCCAGAGGGAAAUCUCAAAGCAAACAUCUCAAUGUGCAAAUGAUGGCUGGAGAUAAACUAGCACAGUGCCCACCAGAAAUGUUUGAUGUCAUACUGGAUGAGAAUCAGUUAGAGGAUGCCUGUGAACACCUGGCUGAAUACUUAGAUAUAUACUGGCGUGCCACUCACCUGCCAGGCUCCGCCCCCUUGAACCCUCUAGUGGAGCAAAAUGUAGUUACACCACCCUCAGCCAACUCUAGCCAACAGUUCUCAGAGACGCAUGAGCUAAUUGAAUGAGCACAACCACAAAUUAGGAGUGACAUAGAACAUUCCAGAAAGACCCCCAGAAUAUUCCUCAAAGGCCAGCCACUCACUGCCCCAGAAUGAGACGGGGCUCAGAGCAGCUGGCCCCCCUGCCCCCCGAUGAGACAGAGGAGAUGAAGGCCAGCGGAGAAGUGGACCAAUCCCAGCCUCACUGUCAGUGACAACACACACCCUCUUCUAAACCUGCACUAACACAUGUGUCGUCCUUUACAUCUUAGAACCACUCUGCUGCAGGCCUUCAGCCAACACACACACACACACACAUAGGUAUACAUACAUUCAACUGGUCUGAAAGUCCCUGCUGAGCCCCGCUGACAUCAACAGGGGUCUCCCUAACCCCUUGGUGGUGCCGUCUGUCUGCAGGUUCUGCCAGCCUGACUCUGGCACUGUGAUCAGAGCAUCCAUACCAUGCCCUCACAAAGAAGGGCACCACAUGCCACUAACAUCCCGCUCACUCACUCUCCACCUCAUGCAUCGCUUUUGGUUUGUUUUCAAGGCCAUACCUUUUUCACAAUACAUUUUAUUUCAAUCAAUCAUCAAAUGCAGUUCACUUAUAAUUAAUAACCCAAAUGGCUUUAUGUAGCACAGCCCUCAAAUAACUAAUUCAUAUACUGAAUCCACACUUGGGACUUUUAACAGAAAAUGUUUUUAUUUUCUGUUAUAUCCUGUUUCAUUUUUCUUGUGUCUUUUUAUUCACUGGAAACAUUAGGUUUAUGUCAACCAGGGCAAAUUAACAAGUAACUCAUCAGUAUGUCCAAACACACUGCAUUAAUAUCACCCUGUCAGAUUAAUGAAAAGCAGACCACAUGAAUGUUUGUACAUCUUUUUGCCUAGAUCUCAGUAUUUCACUAAACAGCCUAACAUAUUAUUUAUUUUGUCAGUGGUUCUCAACUGAGAUCUUACAAUUCUGUUCUGAUUGGACAAGUGAUAAAGCUAUGCUAAAUGUUGAAUAAAAUGCAACUUGUAUUAUAAUUAUGCAUAGUAAGGAUGAUAAGACUUGUUCAGUUUUAAAAGGAAAAAAUUAUAUGGCUUUUUAAUGCAAAUUAAUCUAUAACAGUAAAUUAGGCAGAUAUAAAUUCGAUGAAAUGCUCUCAUCUUUAAAAUCAUGAACAAGCUGAGAAAAUAUUACUCCAAAUAUAUUCAACUUAAUUUGUAGUUAAGCAAAACAUGGUUUGUGCCCCACUGUUUUAUGAACUAUUAUUUUAGUUUAGUAUUUAUUUAUAACUAUAUUUGAAUUCAUAUUGUUAGGAUUUUAUUUUUAAAUGUAAAUGCAUUUUAAUAUUUGAUUUUAAGAAUUUUUUUUUUUUUUCUUUUGUGCAAUAUCUUUUGUGUUGCUGUGUUGGCCAAAGUUCUAUACUAAUGUUUGAAUUACAGUGACAUCUAGUGGUUUUGUUUGAAACACAAACGUGAGACCCUUGCAAGCAUCUUUGUUUUCACAAAAGUAUAACUAUACAUAAUCAUACCAUUAAUUCAAAAACAACUGUAAGAUGUGUAACGGUAUGAUGAUGUAUUGCAUUUUGAGAAUCACAAAAAACUGAUAACAAAUCCUGAGAGUUUUUUUUUUCAUCAAUACUUAUUUGCAUGAUUAAUGAUGAUUUUGCUGACAUAUCUGCUGCUGUAAUUGUUGAGUUUUACUUGCUGCUGUUCUUCCAUGCAAUAACAAAACCACUUACAAAGAUUAUCACACUUAACAGAAUGACAUGUCUUAUUUGCAAGACAAUCUCUUCACUAAAUUAUCACUAAUUUUACUCUUUGCAUACAUGCAUAUGUGAUCCCAUUGUACAUUCAAGCUAAUCGUGACUAUGCAUGACACAAUCAGGCAUUUGUAGAAAUAAGCAGCACUGUAAACUGAAUAGGGAGAUGCAAUGGACAGAAACCAUCACAAACAUCUGCUUGAGUAUAUACAGUUUGCACAUUAAAAUUCAUUGCCCUCAUCUAUAUAUAAAUGCACAAACAAAUGGCUUUCUGUCCGUUUAAGGUGUACAUAAAUAAUAUUAUUUACAUAUAUCGAACAAAAAUGUUAUUUGGGACCAUGUUGAAUCUUCUGUCAAUUUUUAAAAUGACUGCAUAUGAAAAGCAACAAGCAAGAGAAACAGGCUUCAAAGCACAAUGAGCUCUUCCCAAUUGAAAACAUGCUUGAUAUCUUUCCAGGUGAUUUGUACAUAGUCCAGAACUAUGUCUUUGGGUCUCCAAAGUAUAUUUUCAAGGCUAAUUGUUUAUUUUAUUAGAUAUUUAUGUUGUUCUCUAUCACAAUAUACUGUACUGUAUGCAACACUGGUGGAAGGAGGAAGACAAUGGCUUGGACUGGUAAAUGUCUAUCACUGAAUAAAGGGAAA